UACCACCGCCCUCCACAACAAGCCCCACACAGCAGCAACCAAAGCAAAGGAGACACAGAAACGAAAACUCGACCCAACUCAACUUCUAGAAGUACUCAAUCAUCACAUUUCUCUUCAUCAAUCAUCAAUGGGGGUGCAGAGCAACGAAGGCGCAGUGAUGUUCUCCUCCAUCGCGCUGCUGCAGCAGAGGUUCAGGGAGCUGGAGAGGGUCAAGGAGAAGCGGGAGGUGAGGCUUCUCCAGAUACUCACCACUAGCGAAGCUGACCUCCUUCCUCACGCUCUCGGCGUCGGCAGUAACGCCAUCGCUGCUGCUGCUCCAGGGGAGCAGCCGAUUAGAUGGUUCUUCCACCCGGAGCUCUUGUAUCCAUGCAGGCCUCUGCGUGGCACCGCUGCCUUGUUCCCGCUUGUGCCGGCCACCACAACUGCUUCUGAAUGCAAAACCAUCCAGCUCCGCGGCGACUCGCUUGCCGGGGACCUGUGGCCCAGCAAGGCCUACACGCAAGCCUCCAGUGAAGUUGAUGUCGACACUUCACUGCACCUCUAGAUUAGUUGCUACUACUGCUACUACUAGAAAUGUUGCCCUAAGCUGUUAGCCUUCUCCGUCUCCUCGGUGUUACUCUUGCUGUUUUUGGUAACCAAGCCUACUAUGUUUGUCCUCUUUUCUCUUCUUCGGUUGAGUUGUAAACUAGGGGCAGGAGGGUGGUGAGCUGUAAUUAUUGCCAGUAGUACAACGGUGCUCAUUGUUUUC